UCAAAAUCUCAUGUUGUACAGUAAGGCGUGUGAGAGUUCAUGCUGUUAAAAAAAAAGCCUAUGGAGAUUAUUUUGCUGAGGUCAAGGAACAUACUGAUUUGCAGCUGAGCUCAGUUGGUGAAGCUGACAGCAAGCAUUCGUGAGUGAGGAGGAGGAAGGCUGAAAUUCAAGUUGCGAAAGUUUCCGAAAAUUGGAGUCAACGAGGCAGUUCGAAAAAAGGGGAGUGUACUGUCAGUAAUAUACAUUGCACAUCACUCAGCCAUCAACCUUUCUUACCAGCGCAAAACUGUUGAUUUAAAAAAAAAUGUGACAGAAUUGCCUGUGUAUGAUAAGUUAAUUGUAGUUGCAGACAAUUUAGGAGAAUCCUGUGAUUCGGGAAGAUGCAUUUCUCUAUACCAGAUACACAGGAAUCCAAGGAUGAAAAUGGAACGACUUAUACAUGCUUCAAUGUUCACAUUAAUGGAGUCUUCCAUUGCUCAGUCCGCUACAGACAAUUUCACCAUUUUCAUGAACAGCUAAAGAAAGAGUUUGGCAGUAGCAUUCUCCCCCCUUUCCCACCAAAGAAGCUGCUGGCAUUGAACUCUUCACAGUUGGAGGAGAGAAGAGUGAUGCUUGAACGCUACAUACAAAUAAUCAGUCAGGAUGCCACAGUAUGCAGCAGUGAUACAUUUAAUGGAUUCUUGCUGAAUGCUCAACAGGAAACGGCUCAAGAAGACCCAGAGGCUGUGUCACUGGACGUUUUCCUGAUGAAUGGCCACAAAAUCAGUGUCAACAUACUCUCUACUGACCAGACUGAGGAUGUUCUUGAGAAUGUGGCUUCCCACAUUGAACUCGCAGAUGAUUUUGUUUACUAUUUUGGUCUUUACUUAGUGAAGAAGGAAGAUGGGGGAGAUAACUCUAUUGUCCGCAAGCUUCAGGAGUUUGAAUCCCCGUACAUUUCACUGAGGGCUGCUAAUAAAGAGGACUCCCAUCGUAUUGUGCUGAGAAAAAGUUACUGGGACCCUGCCUUUGAUGAUGAUCUCUUGGAGGACAGGAUUGCUAUGAAUCUUCUCUAUGUACAGGCUGUGAGUGAUAUCGAGCGCCAGUGGACGUUUGCCACUAAAGACCAGCUGAAACAGUUAACUGCAUUACAAGUCAAGGGUUCCAAACGUGAGUAUUUGAGGUUUGCCCGCACCCUGAAGUACUACGGGUUUAUACAGUUCAGGCCCUGUCUUACAGACUACCCAGAACAUAAUUCAAGGCUUCUCCUAUCUGCUGGAAACAAGGAGCUGAACUUUCGCAUACAGAUUUCUUCGGACCAGGUUAAGGAGGGAAGUUUUAGAAUAACCAGAAUGAGAUGCUGGCGGAUUACUACAGCUGGCCCAGAAAAUGGAGAUUCUGACAAACGUCAGUCAAACAGCUUGUCAAAAUUAGAGAUCGCCUUUGAGUACUUAGUUGCCAAGGAUACAUUAAAGUGGAUUACAGUGCAAAGUGACCAGGCUAUCCUCAUCAGCAUGUGCUUACAAAGCAUGGUGGAUGAAUUGAUCAUGAAAAAGCAGGGCAAGCGAAUCAAACGGCCUCAGGAUCGUGUGAAAGGGUCAAAGUACAGUUACCUGAAAAAGAAUGCUUCAUCACACCAGACCGAUUCCAGUAAACAGUCCGUGUCAGGGGAGUCGGAUGAUCAUAGUGCCAUCACCAAAGCCGUGGACUCCAUGAAGAAAAUAUCAGAUAAGUUGUCAAAUGUGUCAAUGAAGAGAGGUGCCAAUGAAACCGGGAUUACAGAAAAUGAUGCUUUUGAGGGAAUCGGUGAUGAUGACCUUUGACCCCAGUUUGUCUUUUGGGUUACUGCAUAUUGAUAAUCUUCAGUUUCUGGACACUCUUUCUUUCUCUUUAUUUAUCUCCCUUCCACGUCACAAGGCACACUGGCAAACUAUCACAGAAUAGAACCAAGACAGUCUGAAAUGACAGAUAUACAUGGAUUUUUUGGAAUGUUUGAGAUUCCAUUACCAGUGUUACAUGCACUAAUGCGUAGCAAUCUGUGCAUAUGUUUGAGCAGUGUAUACUGUAAUUCUAAUUUUAGGACAUAUUACCAGCACUAAAAGCAAAAUAUUUCUCGCUC